CAUAAGUCAGACUUUUCAUCGUAUAUAGUGUACAAAUCAGACGUAGUCAACAACCAACGCACUGUUUUAUGUGAUUGUAUCACGUAGACUUAAAAUACCAAAGUUGCAUAAACAAAUAAAAAAUAUCCACAAAAAUAAAUCACUAAGGCUGUUAUCAAAUAUUUCAAUCAAAGAAUCAAUCAAGGCUUCAAGGUUAAGUGUACAUCGAUUUAAAGAACUAAUGUAUAAUAAUUCAAUUUUCAUUGUUUUUUUCUGUUCAAAUCUGUUUAUCCGAAGCAAUUAUUACUGAUAAAAAUUGUUUGAUUAUUUGCUUCAUCCGGUAAAGAGGCUAUAAAAUUUUUGUCUUUUACAACGAGCAGCUAAUUUGAUCAGUAUUUUGAAAAAGUAAAAUGAGAAAUACAAUUAAUUUUAUUUUAGUACUGGCUUGUGUAUUAGGUGUUAUUCCAUACACGACUGCUAGACAUGCAAAAUCUAAAUUCGAUUACUCUGCUAUUAAUUUAAUAAGAGAUAUAGUUGAAGACUGCAAAAAUGGUUUAGAGACAUUCGAAUACUAUCCUUAUGACUGUCAAAAAUAUUACUCUUGUAGUAAGGGAGCACCUCAGGUAAAUACUUGUGACAAUGGGCUAUAUUGGAACGAUAAAGUUAAAGCAUGCGACGUAAAAGAAGACGUAGACUGCUCCAACAUAAUACCAUUCCCAGAUCCUGAUUGUAAGGAUGGUAAAAAUACAUAUUACCCAUAUCCAUACGAUUGUAAAAAAUUCUACGAAUGUCUUGAUUCCAUACGUUACAUUCUAUCAUGUCCAGGGGAUUUCCUGUGGAACGAAAAACUUAAUAAAUGCGACGACAAAGACACAGUUGAUUGUUCUCACAUUAUCCCUGAACCUGACUCAACUUCUGUCGCCCCCCAACCUUCAACUGAUGUCACCGAACCUUCAACUGCUGUCCCCAAUCCUUCAACUGUUAACCCAGAUUUACAUUGUGAUAUAGACCUUGAAUAUUUCGCCGAUCCUUACAAUUGUCAGGGAUACUAUCAAUGCCUUAACGGAAUUAAGCAGCACGAAUUUUGUAACGAAGGUCUUCUGUGGAACGUACACAUUCCAGGAUGCGAUGAAAACUCUGAUUGUUCUCAACUAUUAGUUUCCACUGAAAAAACAGAUGCUCCAACUGCAGCACCCACCGAAAGUACAACUAGUAGCGUUUGCCAAGAAGGUGAUCGAAAUGAGUAUAUACCUGAUUGCCACAGAUUUUUUGAAUGCCAAAACAAUAGAUGGGUAGGUCCUUUCCAAUGUCCAGCUGAUCUUUACUGGAGCCAAGCAAAUAAACGAUGUGUAGUACUAGCGCAGUCAGAUUGCAAUAAACAUUAACGAGAGAAGAUAUUAACACAUAAAAUGAAUUUGACAUUACAACCGAAGACUUUACUUGUUAUAUUGUAAUAUAAUUUUGUCUGUUGUUAUAAUGAGCUUAAUAAAAUAAUUACUAAUAUUUAAA